GCUUAGGUUGAUUAAUAAAUUACUUUGGUAACUUUUAAUCGUAACCAUUAUUUUCAUUUAGUUUGUUGCUUUUUGUUCAAACACUUUGUUUAUUGUUGAUUGUUAAUCUUUUGAGACAAUCAACUUGAGAUUAUUUUGUUAAUUUAAUAAUAAUCUUGAUAAUCUGAUUAAUCAUGUUUCUUUUGCUGUUAUUGUUUUUAGUUCCUAAUCAGAUUCAUGGAUUUGAUGAGAAAUCGAUUGAUAUAAAUAAACUUUGGUCGUUUUAUAAGAAUGAAUUCCAAAAGUCAUAUAGCUCAGAUCGAGAGGAUAAAUAUCGGCUCAACAUUUUCGCUCAAAAUUUGGGAACAAUCAAUUCUCAUAAUGAUCGAGCUGCUAAAGGAUUGGAAUCAUUUACCAUGGGGAUCAAUAAGUUCAGUGAUUUGACUUUUAAUGAGUUUUCAUCUAAAUAUCUUGGUGGUCGAUUCCGAACUAAAUGGUUAUUGGAUGCACCGAUUCAACAUGUCGCCGAUCCUAAUGAAUCUCUGCCCGAUUUGCUUGAUUGGCGAUCAAUCGGAAUCGUAGGAUCAAUCAAAGAUCAGGGAGCUUGUGGUUCUUGUUGGUCAUUUUCAACAGUUUCGUCCAUUGAAUCAGCUUAUGCACAGGGAACUGGAAUCAAUAAGACUUUCAGUGAGCAAAAUCUCAUGGACUGUUCAUGGCUCGAGGGUAAUUUGGGCUGUAAUGGAGGUUGGAUGCCCGAUGCUUAUCGAACCAUCACUCGAAUGGGCGGUAUCAUGACAUCUUCCGACUAUCCUUAUGUUGGACGUGACUCAAUAAUCUGCAAAUAUAGCCAAUCGAAAGCAGUAACUACUGUUACCAACUAUGCUUCCGUUUCCGGUGUUUCCAACAUGAAGAGCGCUGUGGCAAAAAACAAUGUCGCUGUAGCUAUGGAAGUGGACAAUAAAUUUCAGCACUACAAGAGCGGUGUUUUCGCAUCAAAUGGCUGUCGAAACUCAUCUCAAGCCCUUAAUCACGCUGUUAAUUUAGUUGGCUAUGGAAAGGCCACUAUUCCCGUUACACCAAGUAACACAACUCGAGACGGAGAAACCACCGAGGUUGAUUAUUGGAUCUUACGAAAUAGUUGGAGUACCAAUUGGGGUGAUAAUGGAUAUGCAAAGAUUCAAACUGGUCAAUGUGGUAUCGAAAUGGCCGGUUAUUAUCCGAUUGUUAAAUUACAUUGGUAAAUUGUUACAAUCAAAUCAAUCAACUAGAUUAUCUGAACUCAUUUUGCAAACAACAAACGCAAAAAGUUAUCAUUUGGUCAACGAUAUUUACCAUAGACUCGAGCAUUGGUCAACCUAUCUGAUUGUACUGAAUUGAGGGCAACAAUUAAAUCAUAAAUUAAACAGAAAAAUGGGAAAUUUGUCAAUCAUUUAUCAUUAACUGUUUUAGAUUUUAUAAUUAAGCAAUUUCUAAAAAAAUGAUUCUAUUCAUUUCCCUAAAUUAAUUAAUAUUUACAACAGGUAAUAGUUUGAUCAUCACAUUCAACCCAUGAAACUCAUUGGUGAAUUCAAAGUAAAUCGUGAAUCGAUUUUCAUGAUAUUAGCUGAAUUUAUUACCGAAAUCAGUUAAUAGUCGUAAUUAUAAUUUUCAAUAAUAACAAUUAAAAUUUCAUCUUAAAUGUUUCCAAUUGAAGUUACCUUAAUGUUGCCCAACUGUAAUAACUGACCUUUCGUUUCUUGACCAAUUGAUCG